CGCGGAAGUUGCCCCGUGAGUUUCAGAGAGAAACUGCAUCCUCUGGGAGCAAUGUCUCCCCCUUUCCAUUUCUCAUCCUGGGAGAGGGAGAGAGGGGGGAAAACUGUUCACUUAUUGCAACUGGAGUGAAUCCAAGGGAGGGAGCAGACUCUGCAGAGCUUGGUUCAGAAGAUUUGAAGACGGGAGUCUCAAAAUUAAGAGUCAGGACCUAAACAUUUUUUUGGGACGGUGGUUCUGUGAGAAGGAGAAAUGUUUGUGCUAUUUGCUCCUGCUUCAGCAUCAGUGAGACUGGAAAAGUCCAAGUGAGAGUGUUGCAGGGCCCUGAGCGUGGAACGAAACUGAAAACAGCUUGAGAAAGGAAUUCACAGCGGCGGGGGGAGAAGAAGAGGGAUCGUACACGUGUGUGUGUCCCAGAAGCUUCAAAUGGAGAAACCCGAGGAAUCCCGCAGCGUGGAGAGACCGUGGAAGUGCGGGGACUGCGGGAAAGGUUUCCGCGUCCCGUCUGCCCUGGAAACUCACCGGCGCAGUCACACCGGGGAGAGGCCGUUCAGCUGCUCCGAGUGUGGGAAAGGGUUCGUACAGGCCUCCCACCUGCUGACCCACCAGCGGGUCCAUACCGGGGACUGGCGGUCCACCUGCUCGGUGUGCGGGAAAGGGUUCACCCAGGCCUCGCACCUCUUGGCCCACCAGAGGGUCCACACCGGGGAGAGGCCGUUCACUUGCUCUACCUGCGGGAAGGGCUUCACUCAUUCCUCCCACCUAGUGGCUCACCAGCGGGUCCACACCGGGGAGAGGCCGUUCUCCUGCUCCGAGUGCGGGAAAGGCUUCACCCAGGCUUCCCACCUUCAGACCCACCGGCGGGUCCACACCGGGGAGAGGCCUUUCUCCUGCUCGGUGUGCGGCAAGGGCUUCAGCCUCUCGUCCCACUUGCUGAUCCACCAGAGGGUGCACACCGGGGAGAGGCCGUUCACCUGCUCGGUGUGCGGCAAGGAUUUCGGCGACCCUUCGGCCCUGCGGACCCACCGGCGGGUCCACACCGGGGAGAGGCCGUUCUCAUGCUCCGAGUGCGGGAAGGCGUUCAGCCGGUCGUCCGCCCUGCACACCCACAGGAGGGUCCACACCAGGGAGAUGCCCUUCGGCUGCCCCGAGUGCGGGAAGAGGUUUACCCAGUCUUCCAACCUGCUGGCCCACCGGCGGGUCCACACCGGGGAGAGGCCGUUCUCCUGCCCCGAGUGCGGGAAGGGAUUCAGUGACUCUUCCGCCCUGCUGAGGCACCAGCGGAUCCACACCGGGGAGAGGCCGUUCACCUGCCCGGUGUGCGGGAAGGGCUUCACUCGCUCGUACCACCUGCUGGCCCACCAGCGGGGUCACACCGGCGACAGGCUGUUCAGCUGCUCGGUGUGCGGCAAAGGCUUCGUCGACUCGUCCGACCUCCUGAGGCACCGGCGGGUUCACACCGGCGAGAGGCCGUUCGCUUGCACCGAGUGCGGCCGCACGUUCACCCUGUCCUGCAACUUGCUGAGACACCAGCGUGUCCACACAGGGCAGAGGCCAUUCACCUGCACGCAGUGCGGGAAAGGCUUCACUCAGUCGCAUCACCUCCUGGUACACCAGCGCGUUCACACCGGGGAGAAGCCGUUCAUCUGUCCCGUGUGUGGCCAAGGAUUCACUCAAUCGCACCACUUGCUGUUACACCAGCGCAUCCACACCGGGGAGAAACCAUUCACUUGCUCCGUGUGCGGGAAGGGCUUCACGCGGUCGUACCACCUGCUGCUGCACUUCCGCGUCCACACCGGGGAGAAACCGCCGUUCACCUGCUCCGAGUGUGGCAAGGGCUUCCUUCAGUCAUCUGAUCUCUGGAAUCACCAGCGGGUCCACACCGGGGAGAGACCGUUCACCUGCUCUGAGUGCGGGAAAGGGUACACUCGGUCGUCCUACCUGCGGAAUCACCAGCGGGUCCACACCGGGGAGAGGCCAUUCACCUGCUCCGAGUGCGGGAAGGGCUUCAAUCAUUCAUCCCACCUCUGGGAUCACCAGCGGGUCCACACCGGCGAGAGGCCUUUCACCUGCUCCGAGUGCGGGAAGAGCUUCAUCCAAGCGUCCCACCUGCUGACCCACAAGCGGGUCCACACUGGGGAGCGGCCGUUCACCUGCUCAGUGUGCGGGAAGGGAUUCCUUCAGUCGUGCCACCUCGUGGCACACCAGGGGGCUCACACCGGGGAGAGGCCGUUCUCCUGCUCGCAAUGUGGGAAGCGAUUCACCCAUUCAUCCAGCCUGCUGAGGCACCAGCGUGUUCACAAGUGAGCGCAGUGACUGAUAUUCUGCUGCUGUAAGUCACAUCCAGGACUGAAACCUGUUUAUUCUGACAGUGGGUGGAGCAGGAGCGCCAGAGGGUCCCCUUUCUGCUGGACUAGCUGCUCUCAACCACCCCACUUCCAGUGGGGGGCUGAUGCUCUUUGAGCUUGGGACUGCAUGUUCCCACUGAACUGAUCCACAGAAACUGAGGAAGUAGAUUUAUUGUACUGUAGGGAGUAAAUGGUAUUUGUUCUACCACUGCGGGAGAUCUAGAAUAAACACGUUUGUCUCUGUUCCAGAGAUAGUAGGAACUGCAGAUGCUGGAGAAUCUGAGACAACAAGGUGCAGAGCUGGAUGAACACAGC